UCAUUACUUCGUUUAAUACCUCAGUCAGAGAUAUUCGACGGCGAGUUCCUGCUUCGGACGAUUCCGAUGAUGGAGGUUUACUAUAGAAUGCCAAGCGAAGAUGAUGGAGAUUCGCCGGCCAAAUGCCGAGAGCGCGGCCGUAGAAUAGAGAUGCGACGAUUAGAAACAGUACCGUCGAAGAAACGUGUGCGGAAGACGGACAGCGACGGUUCUCCGGAGAUUUCAUCUUCUUCGUCAUCGGGGGAGGACGUGAAGACUGUAGAAGCUUCACCGUCGGUACCUCAGCCUGUGUUCGGGAUGUUGUCGGUGUCCGGAAGGUCACGUGAGAUGGAGGAUGCAGUAUCGACGAGCUUAUGCCUUCUAGGUCCAGGAAAUUUCCGGCGGCAACCGGUGCAUUUCUUCGCCGUCUACGAUGGACAUGGAGGCCCUCACGUGGCAGCGCUAUGUAGGGAGAAGAUGCACGUGUUAGUACAAGAGGAAUUGGCGCGCGUGGUGAGUGGCGGCGGAGGAAGCAGUGCGGCGGAGGAGGCUAAGGUGGAGGAGGAGGCGACUUGGAAAAGAGUGAUGCGGAGGAGCUUUGAGAGAAUGGACGAAGUGGCACUCAGUACUUGUGCCUGUGGAAGCAUCGGAGGCCAGUGUAGGUGCCAUCCAAUGGAGGUGGCUCUUGGCGGCUCCACCGCCGUCGUUGCCGUGCUCACCCCGGAUCACAUAAUGGUCGCCAACUGCGGUGACUCACGCGCCGUCCUCUGCCGAGGAGGAAGGGCCAUUCCGCUUUCCAAUGAUCACAAGCCUGAUAGAAAUGAUGAACUAGCAAGAAUCGAAGCUGCUGGAGGACGGGUGAUUUUCAUAAAUGGAGCUCGGGUUGAAGGAAUCCUGGCAAUGUCCCGUGCAAUAGGUGACAAAUAUCUCAAGUCAGUUGUAAUAUCAGAGCCUGAAAUUACUUUCACCAGAAGAGAAUCAGAUGACGAAUGUUUAAUACUUGCAAGUGAUGGUUUGUGGGAUGUUCUUUCAAGUGAGUUGGCUUGUGAGGUAACUCGAGAAUGUCUCCAAGAAAGAACGGCCGCUGCUGCUGCUACUACUACUACGAUAGACCUCAACGCCGAGCCUCAAAUUGAAGAAGGGGCUGGAACUUCAUACCCUUCUCGAAGUUCACUAGCUGCAGCACUGCUGACUCGUCUAGCUUUGGGGCGGAGAAGCAUGGACAACAUCAGUGUUAUAGUUAUUGAUCUAAAGAGAAGCUGAGCAGAAAAAUUGAAGUGGUAAAGGUUAAACAUGUGUAUGUAUGGACGUUGUACAGCCCUGCUCUAAAUUGGAAACGAAAUUUGGAGAAUUUGAUCCAUUAAAACAGCUCCUCUUAGGUUGGAACUUCUUUCUCUAAUUUGUAGAUGUGCGAUUGAAUUCAUUAGUUGAAAGGUGUGUUCUAGAGUCUUGUUGGUCGAUGUUUUGCUACUUUCAUGCGAUCAUGAAGCACAAAAGAACUGAUGAUUGGAAGAAUUGAGCUCCGAAAUUUUUGUGGCCACAUGAUUGGCAUCUGCAUAUUGUAAAGAAUGUUGUUUUCUAAGUAGCAGGAGCAGCGUCAGCUA